UUGGAUUUUCAUUUUCAGGCCAUUUCCAAUGCUGUCAGGAAAGCCGGCGUGGCUGCUCUUUAUGGAAUUUCUAGGAAGACCAAUGUACUAGAGGAAGAGAAUAAAGAGCUGCACGUAAUGAGCAAAGACCUGAUCAUCAACAUGAUUACCUCAUCGUUCGCAUGUAGUGGAAUUGUUUCAAAGGAGAACGAUGAGGUAAUCAUUGCUGAUGAGAUUAAAAGGGGGAAGUACAUAAUAUCCUUCGAUCCGCUCAACGGGUCCUCCCAGAUCGACAGCACGGCUCCUAUGGGUGAGUGUGAUUUCGGAGUCUGGGAGAAACUCACCGAUGGAAUGACUGCUGCUACGAAUGACGAUUUCAUGCAACCGGGCAGGUGA